GAUUGGAAGAGAACGCUGUGACUGCUCGAAGAAGUUGAGUCUCUUUUUCCUUCGCAAGGUAGACACACGCUCAAUUCCGAUCGCUCUUUCUACUCUCUGCAUACUCACUCUUUGCUUGACUCCAUGGGAGGAAACAAAAGGCCCUCGUUUUCUGUAGAUGUGAACAAGGCGGAGGCUGCUGCUUCUCUCUUUCCCGUAUCAUUUGUCCCCAACGAUAGAAGACCCAUGUGUCAUUCAAAGAUGCAUGCAGCACAGAGCUGAACCUCAGUAUUGUACUUGUAAAAAUUGAAUUGGCUCAAUUUGUUUGACGAAUUUAAGAUUAAUUUCGACGCAAAAUGCUGAAACGAGGGCUCAACUUUUGUCUGUUUAUCGUGUUCAGUGGGAAGGAGAUUGAGUUUGUAAUUGACGUAGAUGCAUCUUAGUGGUAAUUCUAAUUUUGGGUAGCUCUUUAAGCUGGUUUGAAGUUAGUAAGAUUUGGAAUCAUUCCUCUUGAUGGCUUCUAUCAGAAGAACCUUGUCUCCAGUGCCUCGACCUGUAGCCUUACAAAAUGGGGAAGUCUGUUCAGUUGCUUCUCCCUUGUCCAGGUCCUCAUCUUCUCCUCAGCAUUAUCCACCUUCCGGUGGAUUGUUAUCUUCUUUGUUUGGUUCAUUGGACUCUCAAGCUUUUGUUUUCAGUGUACUUUCACCAAGAUCUUCUAGGCCUCUUGAGAGGUCAAAAUCGAGGGUGCAAAUGUGGAAGAGGUCUCUUCUCCAUUUUUUCAUUUGUUUCAUGGUUGGGUUUUUUAUGGGACUUACCCCUCUUGCCUCAAUGAAUUUAUCCAUGAAUCCCAUGUCAAAGCAUCAAGCUCUCUCAUUUGAGGUAAUAUCCACCAUUAGGAAUUUUCAGACACAUGAAAAUGUGACCAAAACUGUGGCACAAUUAGACAGUGGAGACAUGACACGUUCUGCAAUAUUAAAGUCAGAAGUGGAGGACUUGGAACUGAUAGAUGAGACCCAUGAGGAAAAAUUUGAUAGCCAACCACUCAAUGAAGAUUCAAAUUUGGUUUCGCGGAAGCUUUUGAUAAUAGUGACACCAACAAAUGCCCGGCCAUUUCAAGCCUAUGAUCUAAUACGUUUAGCUCAGACAUUAAAGUUGGUCCCACCUCCUCUGUUAUGGAUUGUUGUGGAGAUGACCUCCCAAUCUGCAGAAACAGCUGAGAUCUUGAGGAGAACUGGGGUUAUGUACAGGCAUCUUGUUUGCAAUAAAAAUCUAACAGACAUAAAAGAUGCAUACAUUCAUCAAAGAAAUGUGGCACUGUCUCACAUAGAAACUCACCGUCUCGAUGGAAUUGUUUACUUUGCAGAUGACAAUAAUGUUUACUUGGCCCAUCUUUUUGAGCAAAUGAGGCAGAUCAGGAGAUUUGGAACAUGGACGGUGGCCAAACUAACUGGUAAUAGAAGCCAAGCUAUAUUGGAGGGGCCUGUUUGUAAUGAAACUCAAGUAAUUGGAUGGUACAUUAAUGAAUCACAUAUGAGAUUUAAGAGAUUCCAUGCUGAAAUGCCUGGUUUUGCCUUCAAUAGUACAAUACUGUGGCAUCCCAAGAGAUGGCACCGGCCCACUCUGGAACCUAUUAGGCAACUUGACACAGUCAAGGAGGGCUUCCAAGUUAGCACAUUUAUUGAACAAGUUGUGGAAGAUGAAACCCAGAUGGAAGCCUUACUCCAGGACUGCUCAAGAAUCAUGGUUUGGAAUAUUUACCUCACCUCAUCUGCUUCUUUCUAUCCCAGCAAAUGGUUAAUGAAGAAUAAUCUAGAUGUCAUUCUUCCGCUUACGUGAAGUUCUUGAUGUGAGAGGAAUCAAUUUGGGUACUGAAGGAAAGAUAGUCAAGAAUAAUAGAUCAUCCCUGCUACUGUUUAUCUUCGCUUUGGCUGAUUCCUGUUUAGAGUGCCAAUCUUAUAAGGCUGGCUGAGACAGUUCCCCUUGACAAGAUGUAGUUUUUGCGCACAAAUUUUCUUCCCAUUAGGCUUCAAAUUAGGUUUAGUUUCCUUUAUUCUCAAGGGGGGAAAAAGAAAACUUUGUACAAUUGUAUGAGUUAUCCAAUAUCAAUCUACCUAGCAGUGAAAUUCAAUCU